AUGAUCACUGGUCCUUCUCAGGCAGACUGUGCUGUACUUAUUGUGGCUGGAGGUGUAGAUGAGUUUGAAGCUGGUAUCUCAAAGAAUGGACAAACUCGGGAGCAUGCCCUCCUUGCUUAUACCCUGGGGGUAAAGCAACUUAUAAUUGGUGUCAACAAGAUGGAUUCCACUGAACCUCCAUAUACCCAGAAGAGAUUCCAGGAGAUUACCAAGGAGGUCAGUACCUACAUCAAGAAAAUUGGAAUAUGAUCCUCGUUCCGUAGCAUUUGUGCCAUUUUCAUGAUGGCAUGGAGACAACAUGCUGGAGCCUAGCAGCAAUAUUACCUGGUUCAAAGGCUGAAAGGUUGAAAGAAAAGAAGAUGGAGCUACCACUAGAAUUACUCUUCUGGAGGCUCUGGACUGUAUUUUGCCUCCCACAAAACCCACAAACAAACCCCUUCUUCUUCCUCUGCAGGAUGUAUACAAGAUUGGAGGUAUUGGUACUGUACCUGUUGGACGAGUAGAAACUGGUGUCUUGAAGCCAGGUAUUGUGGUAACAUUUGCCCCUGCCGGCAUCACAACAGAAAUGAAGUCUGUGGAAAUGCACCAAGAGGCUCUGACUGAGGUUAUGCCUGAUGACAAAAUAUAUCUGUGA